CCAGGGUGUAUCCUGCCUUGAUGCCCGAUGAUGCCUGAGAUAGGCACAGGCUCCCCGUGACCCGAGUAGUUCGGAUAAGUGGUAGAAAAUGAAUGAAUGAAUGAAUGAAUGUUAUCUCAUGGUUGCUUUGAAUGUAUGGUAUGGGCAUUUCCCAUUUUUCUAAGUAAAGUAAAACGAGGACAUCCAAAAUAUACUAAAGGAAAUCUGUCAAUCAGUCAGUACCUCUGAAUGAAAUCCAUGUGAGACCCCCAUACUGUAGGACCACUGCUGACAGGUGUGUUGUGUUUGUGAAAGAGUAUUAUGGAUUACUUUUAAGAACUACAGUUUGUGCAAACCUUCCACAUUAAUCCACCUUGUAGGUAUACAGUUACAGACCGUAGCUCCACUUUCCAUCGACAAUGCAUAUUAAUAGCCAACAGCAGUGUCAGAUUCUGAGCAUAGGGCUGAGUUUUCAACCCAGCAGUGAUAGUGAGGUGGUUAUAAACCCCAGCAACACUGUUGUGUCUAAUGACAACAAGUGAGACACACACUACAAUAGUACUGUCACUGCUGUGGUGAGAAACAGACUGGUCAAUCGCUCAAGUAAAAUUUGGUCAGUGAGGGAAGAGGUGGGUUGUGCAUAGUAACAGUUAACAAAGUAACAUCGGUGUUAAACAGUUUAAAUAUACAAAUUUGUUACUCACCUAUUUUCUAUACAACAUAGUGUGGGAAAAACUGACUGAUUAAAAUCUUAAAAAGUGUCCUACUAGUGUUUCCUGUAUCCCAGAGUUGAUCAUUAACCUUCUGUGAAUGUAACAGACUAACUUAAAAAAGAUGUUAAAGAAGAAAUAACAUUUAAAUCUGCUCCUAGUAAAUAAACCCGUACCAGGAUAAUGCUGUCACCGAGGCACGAUGAUGCAAUAGUCAAUGUAUAAACAUGCCAGAUUUGACAUAUUUUAUAAUAUGCAAAUGAGUAAGUAUCAAAACUAUAAAGAUGACAUGUAAACCCUGACAUGUUUCAAUUCCGAAGAGAUUGCAAUAGAAAGUUUGUGCAAGCGUUGCUAAUGUCCUAAACCAUUAUUUUAAAAAUAUGUGGCAUUAAUGAUCAAAAUUUCUUUAUGACCAGCUUUGCAUAGAAGCCUUUCUUCAUUCUUCAUGAAACACACGACAGAUAAAACAGUUCAGGUGAGAACACAGCAGAUGCCACUAAUCUGGAAUAAAAUUAGGAAUAGAAGAUUAGAUUAGAGUGUUCAUAACCUGACCACAGGUUUUAUCUUAUAGGUUGUACAGAAAAUGGCAGUUUUACUUUGACACAUGCCUGGAGUGUUGUGUAGCCUCCGAAUGUGUGUGUUGAUUAACCAAAAUAGAGCAGGAACACUGGGGUGAUUAGGUUUGUCGCCAGGCUCAGAAACAAGAGAGCUACUGAAGAAAUGUAGGAAAGUAGCAGCGGUAAGGGACAAUGAUCUUAAUCACACACACAGGGAUAAAAACAAACUGGAAGUUGGUGGUGGCUUUGACUAUCCAUGGCUGAUCACAUGGUCGCACUAGCCACAGGUCUAUCCGCCGUACUACUCUUUCUUGUGCUGAUUGGCCUGACAGCAUAUCUCUUAUGGAAAAAAAGGCAGGACCAGAGGCAGGACAGACUCAUCAGCACUAACCCAGUCAUUCCUGCAUGCACGCCAGUGCUCCAAACAUCACAACGUAGCACCUAUGGUUUGGGUGAACUUUCCUUCUUUCUGCCACCGAGUUUCAAGAGUUCAUCCCAUGCCUCGGCGCCUGAAGGGCAGGAGGAACAGGAGCAAUGGGAACAGCUUCCACAUCUGCAUAGUCAGCGUGGUUCUCUAACUAUAGGCAGCUGGUUCCCACUGGGCAGCCUGAGGCCAGAUCUGUACCAGCUUCCCGAAGAGCCAAGCGAAUGGGCACAGCCCAGUGGCUCCACCGUUCGCCUGUGUUUUGCUGUGCAGUAUCAGCAGGAACAAGAGCAGCUGGUAGUCUCCCUGCUCCAAGCUGCAAACAUGCCUGCCCACUACCAAAGCAAUGCCACACUGGUGAAUCUACAGCUCCUGCCAUCUGAAGAUCGACACCAUCGUCAGGCCAAGGCCCGGUGCAAAGGCUGCCAACCACAGUUCAAUGACACCUUUGUGUUUCAGGUGUCUAAUAAUGUGGACCAGUUCACUCUACGCAUGAGUUUGUACACCGUGGACAGACUGAAGAAACACCACCUGGUUGGCCAUGUUCUGUUCCCUCUCAAACACUCUGAACUGCGUGAGGCAGUGGGCAAAGUCCUGUGGAGAGACCUUGAGACCGAGAGCGAUCUGCCACUUUCAAAGCAUGGCAAUAUCCAAGUGUCUUUGAACUACAGUCAGUCUCUACAGCGCCUCACUGUGGUUGUGCUUAGAGCCCGAGGACUCCAAUGUCCCAGCAAUGCUGAUGUCUCUGUCCAGGUUUCUCUGCAGAUACACACUCAGGUAGUGAAAACAAAGUGGACAGCACUAACCAGAGGCACCAACCCCACUUUUAAUGAGAAGCUGACAUUCAGGCUUCUCCCUGUGCAGCUAGAUGCAGCUUGUCUGAGCCUGGAAGUCCAGCAUGUAGCACGUGAAGAACCUGCUGAAGUGCCAAGCAUCAGAACCAAGACACCUAUAUCCCUUGGACUUGUGGUCAUUGGACCAUUUAUGUAUGCCCGAGGCAGAGAGCUGGAGCAUUGGAAUGAGAUGAUCAGUAAAUCACAGGAGCUGGUCAAGCAGUGGCAUGGACUGGGAGCAGCUAACAACACUUCUAGACCAAUGUGAACUUAACCUGAAAUUCAGAUCAGGAGAAAGGACAACCUUCACUUACUAUAUAUUUAACCAUAAAGAUUUCACUUAUGGUAAGAGAAUUUUAAUAAUAAAGCUAUAGAAGAAACGACAUGCAAAACAUACAUUGCAAUGUCUUACUUAACACAUAAUUAAAUAUGCAUUUUAAAAUAUGUGUACAAAAACACAAGGGUUACAAUAAAACAUUUACAAAAAGCUGCA